AUCCAAAGUCCAACUAAAUUGAAGAAAAAAAAGAGAUACAAGAUUUUGGGCGGAGGUUUCAAUUUGGCAGCACCCUCGUUUGCAUCGACACCCCCUUCCCCCACUCUUCAAAACCAACACCCAACUCAACCAACCCAAAUCCAUUCUCCAUUCUCCAUUCUUGCUUCAAGCAUAGCAACAAAUGGAGGCCACCAUGUCCGCCUGCAAAUCAAUCACCUCCUCUUCCGUUCCCGUCACAGGUUUAUUCGCGGGAAGACGAGGAGUGAAGAGUUCCACCCAAUGCAGCUUCUUAGCUGAAACCAACAAGGUCAAAUUCCCGAGGCAAGCUGCUCAGUUCAACAAGCAGCACCACCAGACUCGCCGCCACUGCGGCCCUCUCCGCGUGACUUGCGGUGGCGGCAGCGGCGAGAAGAUCCUCAUUGCUAACAGAGGCGAGAUCGCCGUCCGUGUCAUUCGUACCGCCCAUGAAUUGGGGAUUCCGUGUGUGGCUGUGUACUCCACCAUUGACAAGGACGCGCUUCAUGUCAAGCUGGCUGAUGAAGCCGUUUGCAUUGGUGAAGCACCCAGUAGCCAAUCCUAUUUGCUGAUCCCGAAUGUUCUAGCUGCUGCUAUUAGCCGCAAAUGCACAAUGUUGCAUCCCGGUUAUGGUUUCCUUGCUGAGAAUGCAGUGUUUGUUGAGAUGUGUAGGGAACAUGGAAUCAAUUUUAUUGGGCCUAAUCCUGACAGUAUUCGGGUUAUGGGUGACAAAGCAACUGCCAGAGAAACAAUGAAGAAAGCAAAUGUUCCUACUGUUCCAGGAAGUGAGGGGCUUUUACAGAGUACAGAAGAAGCUAUCAGACUUGCACAUGAGAUUGGUUUCCCUGUGAUGAUCAAGGCAACAGCUGGUGGUGGAGGACGUGGCAUGCGUCUUGCUAAAGAACCUGAGGAGUUUGUGAAGUUGUUACAGCAAGCUAAGAGUGAGGCAGCUGCUGCAUUUGGCAACGAUGGAGUUUAUUUGGAGAAGUACAUUCAGAACCCAAGGCACAUUGAGUUCCAGGUUCUUGCCGAUAAAUUUGGUAAUGUUGUUCACUUUGGUGAGCGUGAUUGCAGUAUCCAGAGGCGUAAUCAGAAACUGCUUGAAGAAGCACCAUCUCCUGCAUUGACCCCCGAGUUGCGAAAGGCAAUGGGAGACGCAGCAGUUCAAGCUGCUGCAUCAAUUGGUUACAUAGGAGUUGGAACGGUUGAGUUCCUUUUGGAUGAAAGGGGUUCAUUUUACUUCAUGGAGAUGAACACACGUAUCCAGGUUGAACAUCCUGUGACAGAAAUGAUUUCCUCUACUGAUUUGAUAGAAGAGCAAAUUCGUGUAGCUAUGGGUGAAAAACUACGAUACAAACAGGAGGACAUUGUUCUCAGAGGACAUUCUAUUGAAUGCCGUAUCAAUGCAGAAGAUGCUUUUAAGGGGUUUAGACCAGGGCCAGGUAGAAUAACAGCAUACUUGCCAUCUGGAGGUCCAUUUGUCAGAAUGGAUAGCCAUGUUUAUCCUGAUUAUGUAGUUCCUCCAAGCUAUGACUCCCUUCUUGGAAAGCUGAUUGUAUGGGCACCAACAAGAGAAAAAGCAAUUGAGCGCAUGAAACGGGCACUUGAUGACACUAUCAUCACAGGAGUUCCUACAACAAUUGAUUAUCAUAAACUUAUCCUUGACAUUGAGGAUUUCAAAAAUGGCAAGGUUGAUACUGCUUUUAUUCCAAAACACGAGGAGGAGUUGGCGGUGCCGCCGCCGCAAAAGAGGGUACUUUCUAACACGACGAAAGAGCUAAAUGGCGCAACUGCCUGAUGAAUAUGACUCUGAUGCCACCCUAUUUAAAAAUUGCAUUUGUAAUCACUAUGUCGUCUGUGUGUGCAUGUGAAAGUUCUCAGGAAAUUUUGAUAAUUAGUCUCCCUCAAUUCUCUUUGUUCAAUAAUCAUAUUGUAAAAUCAAUUAAUUUAAUGUUCAAUUUCAUCCCGAAUAUCAGUGCAAGCCUGCAAUGAUAUGGCUCACUUUGCAUUUUCUUUCAGGUUGUAGUUGUCACAAUGGUUUCUUAGAGGAUGUGUCUGCGGUCUUGUUUGUAAUUGUAUUUAAGAACUCUAUUUUAGAUACAGCAAUAAAAAUUAAACCUUAUCCUAGUAA